UUUCGGUGGUGUGACGUUACCGAACGGUUCUCCAGUCUCGCUCACUGGUAGGGAUGACUGAGGAGACGACGAAGUUGGAACCUUCAAGCGGAGUUCAUCGAUCCCGACACUGGACUCGGUCGGUUUUAUUGUCACACAGGGCAAGUUGGUGAGUCCGUGCAGGCCGUAUUUCACGUCCAUUUUGAUAUCAGCUUGGAUACCUACAACACAGCCCAUCAAAUGAGCAACUGUGUUUGUCAUUCUCAUCAUGCAUCAUUUGUCAUUCGCUAUGUCACGGUUGGUCAUUGACACCGCCGUGAGGACCAUGCCAGUCAGAAGCGCAUCAUAAAGCACUGGCAAUACUUCCAACUUGCCAAGUCAGUGGAGGACGAACACGGGAUAUAAAACCAUCACUCGGAUAUCGGAAACAACUCCAAACACUUGUCUGAUAUCCAAGUCCAGCAUGUAUUACAUUGCCGGCCUCACUAUUCCAGUACCCCAACAAGCCGUGGAGGGACUGGCAGUAUUAACCACUUUACGGUUCUUUCAAUAUGGAUCUUCCCGCACUCGUACGAUCGUCCCAAUCGCUAGAGCAGAAUCAGGUCCCAUUCGCACAAGCCCAACCACCUUCAUCGGUAAGGCCGUGACCCCGAUACACGGCCUCGCAUUUUUCAUUCCACCCGUGACAUAUGUUCUAUGCGUCACCGGCAACCUGUUCACGCAGCCUGCGUGGAUGCAGCGCAUGAGCCUACCUAAUGAUUACUUUCAACACAAGACUGAAGUCGCGCUGAGAAUAGUGGCAUGUGCAUUGACCCUUGUACUCCUCAAGUUUGUGGGACGCGCAUUCACACACCUUGGGAACCAGUGGCACACGAUCGGGAGACGGGAGAAGCCUAGAGUCGUGCAGACAGGUCCAUAUGGACUGGUGCGUCAUCCGCUAUACACGUUCGGGCUCAUCCAGCAGGCACUUUUUGCAGUGAUGUUUUGGUCUUAUGCGCCACUUGUGUGUCUUGGUAUUGCUGCGGGCGCUUUCGCUGUCAAGAUGCCUAUUGAGGAGGCUCUUAUUAUGAAGGAUUCUGCUGUUGCCACAGAAUACCGCGCAUACAUGCAAAAAGUGCCUGCACGCGUUAUUCCAUUCCUCUGGUGAUGAAUUUGUAUAUAAGUAGUUGAUAAGCAACAAACUAGUCUUGACCAUAUCUGAAUUCCAAUGGGUGAAGUGUACAGGCAGUAUGAAACCGCUGGCGGGCAAGCAUAAUAUAUCGAAUAACCACUCAUGUCAUCAUGCCACCCGUCAGC